AGCUUAGCGUGAGUUUCUGACUUUGGAGUCGGACCUGCCUCUCGCAGUCUCCUUUUCUUUGUAUCCAGGGUCUGAGGGUCGCUACUGACUCUAAAUCCCCGCUCCCGCCCCACCACCCCAAGCAAAUUCAGACGUCUCGACCUCUGAAGACUUGUGUUGCCUGAGGAAGCCCUGAAGUUGAGGAAGAGGAAAGAACAGGAGUCAGGCAUGGCUCUUUCUCAGACACAGUUGACCAUCGAGGAUGUGGACAUCAAGUUCACUCCAGAGGAGUGGGAAUGCCUCGACCCUGCUCAGAGGACCUUGUACCGGGACGUGAUGGAGGAGACCUACAGGAACCUGCUGUCUGUGGGUUCGUCUUGUAUACAUAUGACCAAGAAAUUACAAGCAAAAGAAAACAGUGGAAAAGGAGAAAUUUUGCAAAGAGUGAUGUUUGGAAGAGCUGAAACCUAUGAAACCAAAGAUUUUUUCCUCUGGAAGAUACAGGAAACUGUGCAUGGUUUUGAGAGUCUGUGGACAGAUGCUGAAAGAAAUGACAAAGGAAUGUCUAUAUCCCAUAACAGAAAUCUCACUGGUGGAAGAGAUCAUCAGAGUAGAAAUGAUGUAGGAGAUAAGCCUGUUGAAAUGCACAGAUCAAGCUUUCAUGAUGAAUUGCAGGUGCUUCAGUCUGAAGGGACAGUUUUUGAAUAUAGUCAAAUUGUGACGAAUAUCAACAGUAGUGCCUCAGGUUUGCCACCUCAGAGAACUCGUAGUGUCUGUAAAGGCAUUUCUCAUAAACAUGAGAAUGCUGUUAUGCGUCCCUCAGAACUGGCACCAGACCAGGAAUCACAGAAGGAAAAAUCUUACAAAUGUGAUGAGUGUGAUAUAACGUUUCUUCAGGACUCAGAAUUCACUAGACAUCAAAGAAUCCAUACAGGAAGAAAACCAUAUAAAGAUGACGUGUGUGGCAAGGCCCUUAAUGUGAGCCUUGCAGUUCAUCGAACAAAUCAUACUGGAGAGAAGCCAUAUACAUGUGAUGUGUGUGGAAAGGCCUUUACUCACAGAGAAAGCCAUGCACUUCAUCAGAUGCUUCAUACUGGAGAGAAACCAUAUAAAUGUGAUGUGUGUGGAAAGGCCUUUACUUACAAAAAAAGCCAUGCACUUCAUCAGACCCUUCAUACUGGAGAGAAACCGUAUAAAUGUGAUGUAUGUGGCCGUGGCUAUACUCGAAAGUCAAAACUUGAAAUUCAUCAGAGAAUUCAUACUGGAGAGAAUUCUUAUAAAUGUGAUGUAUGUGGCUGUGGCUUUACUGGAAAGAGACAUCUUGGAAGUCAUCGGAGAAUUCAUACUGAAGAGAAACCUUACAAAUGUAGUAGCUGUGACAAACGUUUUUUUACACUAUCAUCCUUAAAUAUACAUCAGGCAGUUCAUACAGGUGAGAAAGCAUGUAAAUGUAAUUUAUGUGGCAAAAUAUUCAGUUCCAGGGGUAAAUUUGCAGUUCAUCAGAGAACUCAUACUGGAGAAAAACCAUAUAAAUGUGAUACGUGUGGAAAGGCCUUUGCUCGCAAAGAUAGCCAUGUACUUCAUCAGAUCCUUCAUACUGGAGAGAAACCAUAUAAAUGUGAAGUAUGUGGCCGUGGUUAUACUCGAAGCACACAACUUGCAAUUCAUCAGAGGGUUCAUACUGGAGAGAAACCAUAUAAAUGUGACAUAUGUGGCAAGGCCUUUAUUAUAAGUGGAAGCCUUACAUCUCAUCGGAAAGUUCAUACCAGAGAGAAACCAUAUAAGUGUGAUGUAUGUGGCAAGGCCUUUAGUGUAAAUGGAAGCCUUACAUCUCAUCGGAAUAUUCAUACUGGAGAGAAACCAUAUGAAUGUGAUGUAUGUGGUAAGGCCUUUAGUGUAUAUGGAAGCCUUACAUAUCAUCGGAAAAUUCAUACCGGAGAGAAACCAUAUAAAUGUGAUGUAUGUGGUAAGGCCUUUAGUGUAAAUGGAAGACUUAAAUCUCAUCAGAAAACUCAUUCUGGAGAGAAACCAUAUAAAUGUGAAGUAUGUGGCAAGGCCUUUAGUUUCAGUGCAAGCCUUGCAGUUCAUCAGACCCUUCAUACUGGAGAGAAACCGUAUAAAUGUGAUGUAUGUGGUCGUGGCUAUACUCGAAAGUCAAAACUUGAAAUUCAUCAGAGAAUUCAUACUGGAGAGAAUUCUUGUAAAUGUGAUGUAUGUGGCCGUGGCUUUACUGGAAAGAGACAUCUUGGAAGUCAUCGGAGAAUUCAUACUGAAGAGAAACCUUACAAAUGUAGUAGCUGUGACAAACGUUUUUUUACACUAUCAUCCUUAAAUAUACAUCAGGCAGUUCAUACAGGUGAGAAAGCAUGUAAAUGUAAUUUAUGUGGCAAAAUAUUCAGUUCCAGGGGUAACUUUGCAGUUCAUCAGAGAACUCAUACUGGAGAGAAACCAUAUAAAUGUGAUAUGUGUGGAAAGGCCUUUACUCGCAAAGAUAGCCAUGUACUUCAUCAGAUCCUUCAUACUGGAGAGAAACCAUAUAAAUGUGAAGUAUGUGGCCGUGGUUAUACUCGAAGCACACAACUUGCAAUUCAUCAGAGGGUUCAUACUGGAGAGAAACCAUAUAAAUGUGACAUAUGUGGCAAGGCCUUUAUUAUAAGUGGAAGCCUUACAUCUCAUCGGAAAGUUCAUACCAGAGAGAAACCAUAUAAGUGUGAUGUAUGUGGCAAGGCCUUUAGUGUAAAUGGAAGCCUUACAUCUCAUCGGAAUAUUCAUACCGGAGAGAAACCAUAUAAAUGUGAUGUAUGUGGUAAGGCCUUUAGUGUAAACGGAAGACUUAAAUCUCAUCAGAAAACUCAUUCUGGAGAGAAACCAUAUAAAUGUGAAGUAUGUGGCAAGGCCUUUAGUUUCAAUGCAAGCCUUGCAGUUCAUCGGAGAAUUCAUACUGGAGAGAAACCAUAUAAGUGUGUUGUGUGUGGAAAGGCCUUUAGACAAACUUCAUCCUUUGCAGUUCAUCGAAGAAUUCAUUCUGGAGAGAAACUGAGAGGGUAACAUGCAGGAAGGACAGGGGUCUCCAAACAGAGGAAAUAGGCUGCAAGUCUCUCUUAAAAUUCUGUGUUGCUAUAAUGACACCUGGUUCCACCUGAACUUAAUUUUUCUCUAAUCUCGAGCUAAACCUCGAGCAUUUUUCUUACGGAAAUGUUUUUCUUAAGCUAUGUUAAUGAAACUAUGUAUUUGCUUUGGAAUUGGCCUUUCUUCAAAAUGAUCCCUCCUAAGACUGUCAUCAAAUUUGACUGUCAUCAUACCAUGGGCUGAUGAUAGCUCAACAAAACAGUAUUUGUAUCAGUUGUUUUAUGGCUGGGGGAUGACACAUCUCUUGCCAUCCUAUCUCAAAAAUGCAUAUUGUGGGAAAGGGGCCUGCUGAAACUCCCUCAGUCUUGAGGUGUCGCUCUUAUCUGAUGAAUAACUUUCUAACCAACAUAAAACAGCUUGCUAAAACUCGCAGGGGGGCACUCUCCAUCCCCCUUCUGAUGUCUAUGUUGGAAGCUUUCUCUGUCCCUUUUUCACUUCAAAAACUCUGCUACACAAAAGCUCUUGAAUGAUCAAGCCUGGUCCCUGGUCCCAAAGCUAAAUCUUCAUUGGAGAUCAUGAAUCCCACACUAGUCACAAUAAGUUAUCAAAACCUUACAAAUGUAAGAGUUGUGACAAAGGUUUUAGUGCACAGUCAGCCUUAACUCACUAUCAGGCAGUUCAUCCAGGAAAGAAAGCAUAGAAAUGUGAUGUAUGGCUGGUACUUGAAAUGACCAUCAUAGGAAGCAUCAGAUAAUUCAUAGUGGAGAAAACUGUUACAAAUGGAACAACUGUGAGAAACAGUGCAAAUGUAAUGAGUGUGGCAAAGCCUUUAGUUAGAGUUCAGGCCUUAUAAUUCAUCAGGGUAUUCAUACUGUAUAGAAAACAUACAAAUGAAAUGAAUGUGGCAAAGCUUCUAUUUCAUGUUCAGCCUUAACUGACCAUUGGGCAGUUCAUACAGGAGAGAAACUGAAGAGGAAAAGUUAAAAUUUUACCUCCUUCUCCUUCUGCCUCUAACUCAGCUUGCUUCUUGCAAAGUCUAGAUCACGUAGGUCUCAGAAAGUGGGGACUCACAAUACUAGUAACUGGAGCUUAUCCCAUUCACCCUUGUCUUGCUGUUUGGACUCACCCUAGCCCCUGCAAACCUGCUUAAUCAUGCCUGUCCAUGUAUAAAAACUCUGUAACCCCUUUGUUCGGGGCUCAGAGCUUGGAGUGUUAACUCCUCUGGGCCCACCAGUGUAAUAAACCUCAGUUCUCCAA